AUGAUCGCCACAAAGUCGAGCUCUCCUGAGGAGAAGGAGAAUGAACUCAAUGAGUAUGAGCAACACAUUGCUACACCACCACCAAGCCAAAGCCGCAAAUUUUCGAUUAGGACUACCGCAACACCACCAGAGACCACUGUAGCCAGCCCGAUGAACAAACUGACAUUGCUUGCCGGUUAUUUCCCCCUUGUGGAAGAUGAGAACUUUGACCUCGAGAUGAAGGCAAUCUUCGCUGGUCACUUGGAGGUCGACAGGUCCUUUAGGCGAUUCGAAGAAUUCCUUGAAACGGGCCAUGAGAACUCAUGGUACUGCAUUCAAGAUAUCGUGAAGUAUGGCUACAGCUUCGGUUCAUGGAAUGAUAACAUCUGUAAGAACGAAGAGCACGAUGGCGUUCAGUGUCGACAGGUCAAGGUCACGGCCGUUGACUCUAUCAGACGACUUCACUUCAAACUCGAUGAAGAUGUGAGGGCGAAUGCCUAG